AUGGACCUCUCAUACAAUGUCGUUGCUGCCAACUGUGCCGAGCAGAUGGCUAAGUACCAAGAAUGUGUAUUGAACAAUCAGGCUGGUGACUGGAACUCUAUAUGUCGUCCCGAGGGCCAAGCCCUUGCCGCUUGCGCCGAUAAUGCGUACGAUCCUUGUACUGGGACCGGUCUAGCUCCCAUCGCUGACGACCUCCCCUCCAGCGUCCCCCACCUGGCCGAAUUGAAAGCGUCUUGCUCCGAACAGAUCACGACAUACCGACAGUGUCUUGACCGCCACGGUGCCCAAUCGGACGAGGUCAUUGGCGAAAAGUGUGGUGGGUUGAUGAAGAGUCUUUGGGAGUGUACGGAGAAGACUGUGGCGGGGAUCGAGGCGAGGGAAGGUGGACCAAAACUGGUGUAG